AUCUGUGGGGUGAUCUGAAGAGCUCUGGACAGAGUUCCCCUUAAUGUGACCAGGAGUCAGCUUGCAAAGAGGCAUGAAAAACAUUCAAGUCACAUUGUCCUCUAAAUCGAUACCUUGCUACAUGCACACAAAUAGGUGUCACAUUUUUUUUUUUCUCUCUACCGCACGGCCUCCACCUCCUGCGCUCCUUCCUGGCUACAAUCGUAUCUCUAUGUGAUCCAGCACCAUACAAGUUUUGCAGCUUUGUUGGGAAACAGCAGAACCGGUCUGUCUACUCCCGGUGAGGUUUGCCUCGUUCCUGCUGCAGGGAUGAAGGAACUUAAACCUGUCCAACUGGUUUGUCAAAAAAAAAAAAAAAAAAAAAAAAAAAAGAACGAAGAAAAAAAAAAAGACAAAUUUAUUUUAUUUGUGUGUUUGGUGUCUGUGCGGACAGACUGCUGGCUCUUAUCUGUCUUUCCGAAAUCCCAAUUUCCAUGUGGAUGCUGCAACGGGGGUUAAAGGACCAACCUGGGAGGCACGCGUAAGUGCCAGUUGUUAUGCCUUUUGGAGCCACGGUCCUGACUACACAUCAAGGGACAACAAGUAAAUGAUUGCUACAGAAAUUGGCUACUGCUGACAGGAACAUGGCAAAUGAGAACUUUAGCGAAGCUCUCCACAAACUGAAGGACAUCCAUGACAAGGAGGUGCUAGGAAUGCAGGCAAAGCUUUCAGAGAUGACAGUGGAGAAAUGCAGGGACACCCAGAGGCUCGAGGAGCUGUUCUCUAAGAAUCACAUACUGCGGGAGCAGCACAAAAUCCUCAAUGAAAAUAUUAAAGUUCUUGAGAACAGGUUGAGAGCCGGACUGUGUGACAGGUGUACGGUGACCCAAGAACUGGCCAAGAAGAAGCAGCAAGAAUAUGAGACCUGUCACUUUCACAAUCUGCAGCAGAUUUCCUCGCUCACCAAUCAAUUUAAUUUGUUAAAGGAAGAAAACAAGUCUCUCUAUGAGGAGCUGAGAAAAAACAGACGUUUGGAUGAGAAGAACAGAUCUAGAAGCCAUAGCCCCGAAAGUAAUGCCACGUCACAAUCACCGCACUCAGAGGUCCCUGCUGCCAACCUCAAAAACAACCCAGAACAACACAUAACCCAGACAAGUAAAGACGGCGAAGCCCAAGAAAAUGUUUCUGAUCACAAAGCUUCAGAAGAAACAAGUCCUACUGUCCUAACUCUGUCACCAGUGCUCAAGAACACCCACAUGACCAACAACGAAACCCGGAACAUUGACUUGGUACGUGAUGUAUCACAACAUUUUUCACCUCGUUUGAAGACUAUGUCCGGGGUGCAGAAGGUCCUACUGACCACUCAUAACCAGCAGAGGAUCUCCAACCAGCUUCAUGGAACCAUCGCUGUAAUGAGACCAGGAGUUAAGUGCGGACAGAGCGGCGCAUCAUCACCCAUCCACAGACACAGCUCUGCCAAUGAUGUACAUCCAAAGGAAAACAGAACAGAUUUGCCUGAACCACCUUCCCCUCUGGAUGCGCUGAAACACGUCAUCCCUGAAGAACAACUGAACCUUCUGCGGCACCACUUCAUACAAAGACGCCUUGCGCAGCGCAAUCAAGGCAUGCCCAGUGACGGGCCAGUUCGGUAUGUUAUGGCCAAGAAUCGUGAGCCGCCAGUGGAGAGGAAGCGUUCGGACGAUGACUGGGAGGAAAAAGCCGCAAUGGCGGAGUUACAGGGCGCCAUGUUAUACAUGAGGGAGCAAGGAUACAAGAACAGAAUGAGUCUAACCAACCAAAGAGACAAGCUUCAAUAUUCAACAGCCAAGCAGAACCAAGAACUCAGAUCACCCAGUUCACCAACCGAUGGGCCUAAAUAUCUAAUGAGAGAAAGCCCCGCUGAGAAGGAGCUGUCACUGAUGCAAGCCUUAAGCACACAUUGGAAGAAUAACAGACAUCAAGAGGAAGAGAAGAAGGAUUGGUCACAUAAAGAGGACAAGUGUGCAGAGCCAGAGAAGAGAGUCCAUUCUGAAGAAGACGUCAUGCCAGAUAAGCCACUUGAUCUGUCUGAUACCAGGAGAGGGUAUUACAGCUCUCAGAGUGACGUCAACAGAGAACCAAAGGGCCAUUAUGAAAGCCAUACGGCAAAUCUAUCUUCCAGGAAUAAAGAUUCACCUCCGAACAGGGCAUCGGUAUUGGAUCAUGGAGUCCGCACAGAAGAUUUCAUGUUGGUGGCUAAUAGCGAACGCGAGAGAGUCACAGAGCAGGACCUGAUGAAACAUAACAUGAGCACAGAGGUGACCAGAGAGUUGCUUCCCAUCAUGAAAAGACCAGGAAAGGGAAAAAAGAGACAUCGGGAAUCAGAUGAGGAGGAAGAAGGACAAGCAACAGAUGGGAAUUCACCACACCGAGACAUGGAUGAAGAUUUAGAUACAUCCGAUAGUGAGGGGGAGAUAGAACGAUCCCAGCAGUCCCAGGCAGAGACAUCCAGAGGCAAUUAUCCUAGUGAAAGGAAUCACAGCCGGUGGAAGAAGAGACUGUCUCAUGCCUCCAGGAAAUGUUUGAGGAAGCAAAAGAAGGUUCUGGAGCACCCGGCAGAGAGUGACAUCUCCCAAGAUGACAAUGUAGCGUGCAAAGACCUUGAUCGAGAAAGACCGGCAUGAGUGACGGCAUUCCAUUGUAUAAAGAUGAAUCUAGAGACGUGUAUAUACAAAGACAUGGGAAACAGCACUUCUACACACAUGGCUUCUCACAAUCCCACCAUAUACAAAGACUCAUUUACUACAACUAGAGUGACGGAGAAACUAGGAUGUUGUCUGUAGCAGACAAUCACUAUUUCAUUUUCUGACCUACAGAAUGAAUAUAAGCCAUGGACUUUUAUUGGCUGUGAUGAAGACACUUUUUUCUUUAAUCAUUUUUAUUUAAAUCUGUUACGAUCAGGGCUUUUUUUCCUCAAAUAAUAGGUGCUGGAACUCAACCACGACCCUCCAAAACCCCUCCCCCCUCACACACCCUCCAAAUCACAUCAAAUAGUGGGUGUGGUCAGUCAACUUUCACGAACACUUGGAUGGUUCAGGGGGGUUACACACAGAGGGCCAGAUCCACGUACAUCGGCGCAUGUUUACGUCCGGCGUAGCGUAUCU